UGCAAAAACUAUUGAUGCAAAACGUGAAUCGCUGAGAGGAAAACGUGUUCCCACGAAUUUGUGAAAGUUUUACACGCUUUUCUAUUGUUCACGAUCUUUUAAACUUAUUUACCUUAUAAGUUGUUCAUUUCACCUUAUUGAUAUAUCACUCAGUGUGGUCAAAAUAGUUGAAAAUGGUUGUAGUUUCCUCCACCUUUUCGGCUCCCGUUGAAGGGGUACUAUCUCAAACUCCGGGCACAAAACUCCUGGUAGAUGGCCAGGAACUAGGCACUGCUACAUUGUACAUUACAGAAAAUAGUGUGGUGUGGGGUGGCGGCGUCGGCGCCAACGGUGGAGCGUCGGCUACCAUCUCCCUGCUGUACCCCAACAUAUCGCUGCACGCCAUACAGCGGGAGCCUCUGCCUGCACUGUUUGUGGUGCUUGGACAUGAACUCAGGCUGCCAGAACUAAACCAGGCAGCGGGCGAUGCCAAUGAGGAGGACGACGAUGAUGAUGAUGAGUUUGACGCUGAUGACCCUCCCUCUACAAAUCUGCUGUUCGUCCCUCAGAACGAGUCUGACCUCCAGCCCAUGUACCAGGCCAUGAUUCAUGGACAGACCUUACACCCGGACCCGGAGGGUGACCUCGACGACGACCCUUAUAUGGACGGCGAGGAAUUCGAUGAAGGAGAUGAGGAGUUCGAAGACGCCGAAGAAAGCAACGCCACUCCCGAGGACGCCGCGGCGCGCCUGCGCACUCUGCGCCUCGAGCACGCCAACGGAACACAUGCAGAUGAGGCUGAAGAUGAAAUAGCAGACGAGUGAACCUAGGAAGGUUAUAUUAGCUUUUUUAAUUUUUCAAUAUAAAGUUAGCAAUGAUGUAGGUGCCAGUAACUAAAGAUUCUCUUUUCAGUCGUUUAUUGACUGGGAAAAUAUGAAAACUUUUUUAAAUAUCUCUACAUCCAUUCGGAUCUUUAAAAAUAAUAAUUUUAAUUCAUAAUAUACUGCCAGCGCGCUAGCGGAUUACGUGGUUUAUCUGCUUUGAGCGGAAAGCAUGGCAAAGUGGAAAUUAUAUCCUCAAUUUUGGCACACAGAAGUUUACUUU